CCUAUGGCAAGUAUAGCACAUCUACUAUACCGCCAGAAUCGUCUGCCACAGUGGUGACUGGGCUAUCAAUCGCGAACUGAGGUCUUUUCAGUUCAACCGAUAACUGCUAUAAAUACUUGUAACGGUCGAUUCUGGUAGUAGAUAGCGCUUUAUGUGACCAGAAACAACCAAGCCUAGACAAUGCUGAUGUGUUGCCAAAAAGCACGACGCAGCUGUCCAUGGACGAACAAAAGCAGCAUGUUUAGCCAUAAUAGUUUUCAUUGAAAAGUUGUUUGUUUAUGAGCAAUACUUCGUCCUAUGUAUGUAUUUAGAUGUUGACAAUAAUGGUUACUUAGAUGAAAGAGACUUUGCUUGCUUAGCUCUCAGGGCAACUAUCAUAGAAGGUAAAGGUGAAUUUGUAUACGGUAAACUACAGGAGAAUCAACAUAUCAUGCUGAGUUUAUGGGAAGAAAUUGCCGAGUUAGCAGAUUUUAAUAAGGACGGCAAGAUCACAGUUGACGAGUUCAAACAGGCUGUGCAACAGUGUUGCUUGGGAAAGCGCUAUGAAGAUUUUCCGCAAGCGAUGAAGAUGUUUAUCGACUCCAAUUUCAAGAUGGUGGAUCUCAACGACGAUGGCGUCAUUGCUGCUGAGGAGUACAGGUUUAAUUGUAUCACCAAGUUUCCAAUUGAUGAUGUCGAGAUCGUAGAUGAAGCUUUCAAUAACUUGCUCAAUGAUGAUGACAGGAGACGAGGUGGGUUAACUCUGUCAAGAUACCAAGAGUUAUACGCAGAAUUCCUUGGAAACCCUGAGGAAACUCCAGCCGUUUAUCUCUUCGGUCCACUAUCCGAGUUUUACUUUUAUGAUGGCUUAGACAAUAUAGAAAUUUAGCACUUUCAUACUAUAAUCUACUGAAUAAUAUUUACUUAUUUAUAAUGAUCGAUAUUUUGUAAGAAUAAAUAAUAAACAGCUUUCUUUUUUAUUAUCUA